AUGGACCAAAAUCCUAAUGCCAAACUUUUUCGGGGACAGGAACAGGUGGAGAAGAAGGACAACCCUCUGGAUAGCACCCUGAAGUUUGUCGAGAGGAGGAACGACUUGGAUCCAAUGUGGGAUGAUAAUGAUGAUGAUGAUGACUGUCUCAAAGCAGAGAUGUCCUGUGGACAUGCUUUCCCUCCGGACUUUCUCACACGUUGGUGUCGCGUGCAGCUGGACGAGGGUAAUUACAAAUUCAGAUGCCCUGCAGUGGUGGAAGAGACCACACAGUGUAAUAAACUGUGGUCGUACCAGGAGGUGCGCAGACUGGCUGACUUGUCUGUCGAGGAAAUGGAGCACUUUGAAGAGACCAUGGCUCGCCUGGCUGCUGCAGAAUACUGUGAAAUUCAGCCAUGCCCAAAGUGCAAAACGAGAGUGGAGAGGAAGGAUCUGUCCAACCUGUGUGUGCGGUGCCCCAUAUGCACAGCUGAUCAGAAGAAGACCUACCAGUUCUGCUGGCAGUGUCACAGGCAGUGGAAAGGUUCAGGACCUCGGUCUGACCGCUGCGACAACGACGGCUGCACCAACCACGACCUCGAGCUCCUCAAGAACUGCAAGACCACCGCCCUCCCUCAGGUGAAGGGGGUCGAUGCAUGUCCCUCCAUCCGGGCCUGUCCCACCUGUGGUCAGAGAGUGGAGCAUGACAGAACGGGCUGUAAGAACAUAAUCUGUCCUCGCUGUCAUAUCGAGUUCUGCUUCGUGUGCCUGAAACUCAAACCUGAGUGCCUGAAGACGAGCUCUUACUUCAUCCCCUGCAGUGACGGUGUGGCUCCCAGACAAACCUCCAUACCUGUGUGGCGCAGAAAAUAAGAGUCUGCACACAUUCACUAGCCUACUCAAUGUAGCUUACCGCCUUCUUCUGUCACACUGUACUGUUAGUUUGAUUUUAAUGUUCUAUUUUAGGAUUCUUUGCAACACUCGGCUUAUUUGUUCAUUCCAUAGUGAGCAUUAAAAUAUCUGAUGCAUAUUCUCAUAAUGUAUAUGCAUUGCUUGUAAUGUUGCCACUGAAGGUGUUGACUGUUCAUAGUACAUCAUUAAUAACUGCAUCACUCAAUAAAGUUUCUCUUUACAUUAA